CAUGUUAUCCUCUCUGUAGAGGGGAGUGUGUGGAUAAGACAGAAGGCUUUUAAAGAAAGAAAGAAAUUGCCUAAAGGAGCUACAUGUUUCACAUGAUUUUUCUGAAAGCAUUCCAACAAUUUGAGAAGAUGUAGUCUGAGAUCAUCAUCCUGCACGAAGAUUUUGGACCAGGACUCAGCUCAGAAAUAUCACUGACCUCUGAUGAAGAGGUAGCAUCUCUUUUUUGAGAACAUCUAGAGACUUAAACAUAGAAUAUCUUUGCUGGUUGAAAGCAAAAUCGCUGCUUCCUUUAAGACUUUUUUUCCAAACGGAAAUCAUUUUAAAGUCACUUUUUUAAACACCUCCUCCAUAGGAUAUAUGAAUUUCAGAGUAAUUUUGUUUACUCUUGAAAACCAGGCAAAAUAAUAUUGUCUGCACAUUAAUAAUCUCAGAAAUUCAUGAUUUAUCUUUUUACUUUAAAUUCUAACAACUUUUGGAUGUCUCAUUUACACUUUAAUUUAUUUAGCUUUGACAAGUAGGUUGUUGACAUCAGCUGUUGAAUUUGUAAUUAAUUUGGAGUGAAUUAAGCUUCUUAUCAAUUAAUAGUUUUUAAGACCUUAGUUAAAUUUUCUCACAGAUUUGCCAAACUGCUGUUGUAAAGCUAGCACAGCUAUUUGAAUUUUAAUUUUAGCAUCCAGGUGACAGAGGGAGAAAGAAGGAAAGACAGAUGGCUCAGAAAGAAGGAGGAACAGAUCAGGGGCGCAUUAAAACAGAGGACAAUUUAAGGGCCAAAACUAUGGCUGGGGGCCCCUCAGCUGGUGGAGGAGUGGUGGUGGAGGUUCGAGAGAAGAAGGGACCUCUCCGGGCUGCAAUACCCACAAUGCCUUUCCCUGUGGCUGUCAUUUGUCUUUUCCUAAACACCUUCAUACCUGGGCUUGGAACUUUCGUCUCAGCGUUCACCGUGCUGUGUGGAGCACGCAGCGAGCUGAUCUCGGAGCGAGGCGUGUGCUGUGUGUUCUGGCUCAAUGUGGCAGCAGCCUUCAUCCAGAUCCUGACAGCUGUUAUAAUGGUUGGAUGGAUUAUGAGCAUCUUCUGGGGAAUGGACAUGGUCAUUCUAGCGAUUUCUGAUGGUUGUAGAGACCAAGGUUUCCCUCAAGAUGUCUGAGGCGUGUCUUUCUCACAUUUACUGAUGGAUCGUGUGGUCAGUUUGCCCAGUAGAACCACCGUGAAGGCUUUUACCCUGAUAAUGAGUUCACAACAAUGUGUGGCAGAGAUGUGAUAAAAAAUUAAUAGACAUGAAUUGACUGGUGGCUGGCAACCACACUGAAGUUGUUUAUAUUUGCAAAAAGAAUUGGGAUUUAAAAGAAAGAUCAUUGUGUUUUAUUUUAGAGAGAAUUUAAAGAGUGCAUUUAAAGAUUCGAAGCUGUUAUUUUUGUCAAAAAAAAUAGCUGCUAACGUUUGGUAUCUGCAUCUUUGGCUACAAUUUGAGAAAAUCUAGUUAAAUUGUGAAUCCAACAAAAAAUGGUAUUUCAUCAAAUAAUACAAUGUGGUGAAACUUUACAAAAUGGGGCUAAACGAUUGUUUCCUCUGCUGAAAUGGAGAGUGAGUACAUAAGAUCAUCUUUGGUUUAUCUGAGGAGGUUUGCUCUAUCCUUGUAUAAAUUUGGAUUAGCACAAGCUAGGGCAUUAGCAUCACCAUCUUUUACUUGGAAAUCUUACAUUAUCACCGAAUUACUUCAUCCCUGUUUGAACUUUUCUCAGUUCUUUAUUUUUUUUAUUAUAAUGGAAAGAAUCAAAAUAUUCAACAGCACACUACAGUAAUGGAUAGCUACUAUGUGAUCAUAAACUAAUGCUAACACUUCACAAAAGUUGCUAGCAUGGAAUCAGUGCUUUGCCAAAUGAUCAUGUAUUUCUGAACUCAAUUAUUCAUAAAGUAUUAUUUUGCUGGUCAGAACUCGUAUUAUAAAAACAAAUCCAUUAUAAUGAUGUAACCAUUGGCUAUGUAUACGCAAUUGCUAGCUGCUAGUUUCAACAUGUUUGUAUAGAAAUGUUAAGUCUUUCUAAAAUGACUUAUUCUUCCUCAGUAUUUGUUUGGAGUUUUAACACCUCCUAAAUAUGUAAAUGAGUGCCAACCGGAUUUUACACAUUAUUCAAGCAUCAAAUCUUAAAAAAAACAUCUCGCUCUGUUUGGUGUGGCCACAAUCCUGUCUGUCACAUUAAAGCAAAGAUACAGUUAAAGCUGAGUGAUUCUAUUUGGUAUACUUGGUUCUGACCCCCACAAAUUGAUAUGGAAUAAGGUUGAAGUUGAAGAAUAGGAGUAUUAAUAGACAAUGUGAUGGAUGCAAUGUCGGUGACUAAAAGUGGAACAGUUACAGCUGAGGAAUCUGAGAGGGGCAUUGGGUUCAAAGGGAGAGGAAUCCAUAAACUAUUCUCUGAGCAAUCGUUGCUCCAAACAAGAGCUUUCCCAGGAUACCCAAACUAUGGACUGCAUUACUGGCAUUUUUUAAGAAAGUCUAUCCACAAAUGUCAGAGGUCAUGGAGCAUGGAGACUGAGCAGCUUUAUCAAGAUUGAAAAGUAAAAACUCCAGGAUCCAGAUCAAGACCAGGGUAAAAAGUUCAUAACGUCUUAGCUGGAUUCGUUUCAUGUCAUGCAACAAAUUCACGCCUUUCUAUUGUAGGGCACUUGAUUAUAAUCCAAAGUAAUGCAUUAAAUCAAAAUCUCUGUUAGAUUGCUUGCUGAAAAUAUUGUAAAAAGAAAUAUAUGUAGAGGCCACUCAGAGGUAGCUUAAAACAGACUCAAACCAAAUAAGGGUCAAUUUGUGUCUAUUGUAAGUUUUCUUAAAUUUAAACAAGUCAAUCUGGGUUUUUUCUUCAGAAAACUAUGUACAAGCUGAGAAUAAUUUGAUACACUGUGGACAGAUUAUAACAGUUUGCUGCUUUUCACUUGAUUGGGUCUGCUGACAUUUUAAUUACUCCAAUUAACACAGUGCAACAUGCUGAGUGUAUUAAAAGUGUUUUAUUAAACAUUUUUGUAAGUUCUUUCAGCUGGAUAAAGCAUGGUGUUAUUUUAAAACUUUAAUUAUCCUGGCAUUGCUAUUGUUUCCUGCCACUGUAGCUUAGAAUAUUAAACACUGGGAAAAUGGGAAGAUUUUUUUUUUGUAUUAUGCAGGACAGACAAAGCAAGCAAAUUUAUAAUUAAAGGAGUAAUUAUGUCGAUUGAAUCAAAUUCAAUGUGAAUAUUUCAGGUUUAGUUCCUGUACCUUUUAUUUAUCGUCAGUAUUUUUAACCAAAUGCCUUUUCAAUGAUACUGCCGUGUUUUGUAUAAAGAUGUUUUUAUGUCUUUUUCUGUUGUACAGUGUUUAUAUGCGAGAAAGUGAUGAUGAUAAUAAUAAUGAAUGAUAUCUGUAAAGGCAUAUUAUUCUAUUCCUUACAACUGAUUCAUGUUCUCGUAGGUUUCAAUGACUGAGUGGUACUGCAGUGUUUCAUUUUAUUUAGAUUUAGUUGCAUUUCAUACAUUUAUAAAUGAUAGUACUGUAAGUGCAUAAAUAUAAAUAUAGUAACUUCUGAUAUGUGUCAGGGGUAUUCUUCGGUAGUUGUAUUAUGUUUAUAUUCAAUAAUGACAUUGUGCUAGCGUUUUUUGGCCAUACAGUGCUGUGAAAAAGUAUGUGGUACGCUCUGUCUUUGCUUUUUGUAACACAUAUUAUAUCAGACAUAUAACCUGAGUAAUUACAAACUGCAGUUUGUGAAUUAUUAUUUUGUGUUUCAAUGUGAAAAAGCUAUCCAAACCAAGCUGUCCCCUAUGUGAAAUCACAAGUUAACAGUGAUUAAUAACAAUUUUUGUUCAGCUAAGUUCAGUUUAACCGGCCACACCUAGGCCUGAUUACUGCCAGAUCUGUCCCUUAAAUAGAACCCGUCUGACAACAUGAAGUAGGCUAAAGACCUUAGAAAGCAUCAUGACUCAGUCUCAAAAAUAAUCGAGAGUAGUUAAGAAUUAAAGUCAUUGAACUGUGUCAGUCUAAAAAGGGUUACAAAGCCAUUUUUAAGGACUGGGAAUCCAAUGAACCACAGAGAGAGCCAUUAUCCAAAAGUGGAGAAAACAUGGAACAGUGGAUAACCUUUCUAUGAGAGGCUAGCCCAACAAAAUUACUCCAGGAGUGCAUUAACAACUAAACCAAGAUGUUUAAAAUUACCCAGAAUAACAUCUAAAACACUGCAGGCCCUGCUUGUCACAGUUAUUGAUUCAACAAUAAGAGAGGGACUGGGAAAAAUUGCUCCAUCCAUCUUCAAUGAAGAAAACCAUUCCUGACCAAACCUCUGACAGUGACCAAGCUUUGCAUGCCAUUACAUUAAGUCAAACAUACAGUCAUGAUGGUAGUGUGAUGGCCUGGGGCUGCUUUUCUGUUUCAGUCUCUGAAAAACCUGCUGAAAUUGAUGGAUCCAUGAAUUUAGUUCUCUAGUAGAAAAUCAUAAAGACUAUGAUUUUGCGACCAUAACCUUGGGAAAUGCAGCAGAGAAUGGUCUUAAGCACAUCAACAAGUCCACCUUCUUUGGGAUGGCACCGAGAAACAAACAAACGGAGGUUUUAAAGUGGCCUAGUUAAAGUUUGGAAUAAAAUUUAGUUGAGAUGCUGUGGUAUGACCUUAAACAGCCCAUACAUUAAAAGAAAUCUGCAAAAAAAGACCUACUUUCCCUGGAUCACUUCUCCACCCUUCUCCAACUUUUCAUGUAGGGCCUGAUUGGUUUGGCCAGCUUUUGGCACCAUAGAACGGUUUGGAGCAUUUUCUUUGUGCAUGCACAUCUUUAUAUUGUCACAUGAAUGUAUAUAGUAACACAUAUGCUUGCAAAUACAUAUGCAGAUUUAGAACUUUAUGUUGAUUUUCAGCUUAAUUCUGUGGCUUUGCAGCUCUAAGAUAAACAUAAGCAACUUGAAGAAUGAUGCAAUAAAUAGUCAGCUUGAUCUUGGUCAUUUACAGGUCAGUGUGUGUGGAAAUUAAUGACAAAAUUAUGAGGUUUGUUUUUUCAAUUUAAAUCACAAAUGUUUUCCUCCUGUUUUUUACUUUUAAAUAGCUGGUUUAGGGACUAGAGAGUUUUCUGUCUUACAUGCAGCAACCAUAUGCUCAGCUUUUAUAAAUAAGGUGUGAAUUUAUACGUGACUCAUAAAUAAGCCUACACGUCUGAACACGGCUGUGGAGCCUCCUGUUGAUGGUGAUGUGGCAGUUGUCAGCACUCAUGUCUUUGUUGUUUUGAACAUUAAAAGAAAAACCUUAAUCCACA